AUGUCUUCCGAUCCACCACAAACAAACGGCAUCACCAGCAUCUCCUCGUCCGACUACUUCAAGGCCAUCGGUCAGCAAGUCGAUCAGGUUGCUCCCGCCACCAAUGGCGCGGAGCUCCCAACCGACGAUGACGAUGUGAAGCCUGUCGAGGAGAUCGAGUCUCUGUGCAUGAACUGCCACGAGAAUGGCAUGACCCGCCUCCUUCUCACCAAGAUCCCUUAUUUCCGCGAGAUCAUCAUAAUGUCCUUCUCCUGCGAACACUGCGGCUUCCAUAACAAUGAGAUCCAGGCUGCCGGCUCCGUGCAGCCCAAGGGCACCCACUACGAGCUUCGGCCGACUGUCAUGGCCGACUUUUCCCGCCAGGUCGUCAAGGCCGACACCGCGACGGUCAAGUUUAUCGAGCUUGACCUCGAGAUCCCGGCCGGCAAGGGUCAGCUGACUAACGUCGAAGGUCUGCUCUCGAGCGUCGUCGACGACCUCGAGCUGGGUCAGGAGGCCCGCAAGGAACAACAGCCCGAGGUCCACGGCAAGAUUGCCGAGAUUAUCACGCGCGCGCGUGCCAUGCUCGCCGGCCAGGCGUUCCCCUUCCGCGUCUACGUCGACGACCCGGCCGGCAACAGCUGGAUCGCGCCGGACCUGCGCGACGGCGUGGGCAAGUGGGAGAAGCGCGAGUACGAGCGCACGUCGGAGCAAAACGAGGCGUUGGGGCUGAGCGACACCACAGGGCAGGGACGGCUCGAUGACAACGAGGAGAUUAUACCCGACGAAGUGUACAGCUUCCCGGCCAGCUGCCCCGGCUGCAUGCACCCCUGCGUCACGCACAUGAAGAUGGUGGACAUCCCGCACUUUAAGCAAGUUGUGCUGAUGAGCACGCUGUGCGACGCGUGUGGAUACAAGAGCAACGACGUCAAGACCGGCGGUGCGGUACCGGAGAAGGGCAAGAAGAUCAGCCUCAAGGUCUUGACAAGCGAAGACUUGGCGAGAGACAUCCUCAAGAGCGAGAGCUGCGCCCUCGAGUGCCCCGAGCUCCAGCUCUCCGUCAACCCGGGCACACUCGGCGGGCGGUUCACCACGGUCGAGGGCCUGCUGACGCAGGUGCGCGACGACCUGCGCAACCAGAUCUUCCAGGUGGACGGCCACAGCGGCGAGGGCGGCGACAGCCUCAGCAGCGAGGAGAAGACCCGGUGGACGGCCUUCUUCGAGGGGCUGGACGAUGCCACCCAGGGCAGGAAGGAGUUCACCGUCGUGCUGACGGACCCGCUGGCGAGCAGCUACGUCCAGAGCAUGGCGGACGACCCGACGCAGCCCGAUGCGCAGAUGACAGUGGAGGAUUACGAGCGCACCGAGGAGGAGGAGGAAGACCUGGGCCUGAAGGACAUGAAGGUCGAAGGAUAUGAGACAGAGGAGAAGAAAGAGGAGGAGGAGCAGCAACAGCAGACGGCUUCAUCAUGAUGGCGGUGGUGGUGGCGGUGGUAGUAGUGGGGAUUAUUUUGCAGAUUUCUCAAGCAAUCGUGCAGAAGCACGGGACGGGGCAAAAAUGGGGGUUUGUUUGGCCUUAAACUCCUGGAAGUAUGGGUAAGCUUGAAAGGGAGUGAGUUGCAGGUAUAGAUUCCAUGAUGCAUUAUAGAGAUACCAAGAAAGGAAUCAAGAAAAAGUUUGCUGUUUGUCUGGUC